CUUAUUCCCAGCUGAUACAAUAUCCCGCGACCCCAUUCGCUGCCUCCAAGUUCGCGGAUCCGUGUGCGCUGAUCCCAAAUGAGUUUCAUUGGUAUUGACAGUCGAUAGACACCGCGUCGGUGUAACUGGGGGCUUCGAAAAGCACAGCGCAGAUUCGAUCACAGAUCAUCCCGGCUUCAUCAGCUCCCCUCUUAACACGCCUCACAGACAACAAAUACUGAAGGCAGGAUGGACCAUGAUGGGCUGGGGGACAGGGAGAGGGGGGUGAGGAACGGCAGGAGCAGGUACGAGGAAGAGGAAGACGAAGAUCACCACUCCAUCUACAUCGGGGUCCCAGAGCCCCGCGGUUACCGUCGGAAACGCCGGCGGAGGCGCUCCACGUCGAGUCGAGACAACGGCGAGGGCGAGCGAGAGAGGCACUACGAGAGAGCGAGGCAGCAGCAGACGCAGCCCUCCGACACGGACGAGGGGGGGAGGGGCCACUCUCCGACCCCCGCCGCCACGGACGACAUCAACCGCACCAUUUCCCCAGCUGCAGAGCGCCUGCGCUAUAUCCUGGGGGAGGAUGAUGAGCUGCCAAACCCCACCCUCUUCACAGAGAUGGACACACUGCAGCACGACGGGGAUGAGCUGGAGUGGAAAGAGUCUGCCAGGUGGGUGAAGUUCGAGGAGAAGGUGGAGGAGGGAGGGGAGAGGUGGAGUAAGCCGCACGUCUCCACCCUGUCUCUGCACAGCCUGUUUGAGUUGAGGACCUGUCUACAGACCGGGACCGUCCUGCUGGACCUGGAGGGCUACUCCCUACCACAGAUCAUAGACGAUAUAAUCGAGAAGCAAGUGGAGGACGGGCUGAUCAAGGCUGAGCUCCGGGACAAGAUUAGCUUUGUGUUGCUACGGAAACACCGUCACCAGACCAAGAAGCCUAUCCACCGCUCACUGGCGGACAUGGGCAAGUCCGUCUCCUCCCCCUCCAACCGCAGCCCCAGUGGAAGCCCCAGUGCCGGGGCUAAUCUCCACCGCUCCUCCGAGGACUUGAGAACAAGGCAGGCCGGUAGUUACGGACGCCUACGUCAAGCUCACAGCCGCAGUAUGAAUGAUAUCUCGGACACCCUGAGCACAGACCAGCUGAAGAACAAGUUCAUGAAGAAGAUCCCUCGCGAUGCCGAGGCCUCCAACGUGCUGGUCGGGGAAGUGGAUUUCUUGGACAAGCCCUUUGUGGCGUUCGUCAGGCUGGCACAGGCCACCACGCUGGGGGGCCUCACGGAGGUACCCGUGCCCACCAGGUUCCUGUUUGUAUUGCUGGGUCCUCAGGGUAAAGGAAAGUCCUAUAAUGAAAUCGGCAGAGCCAUCGCCACACUCAUGGUGGAUGACCUGUUCAGUGAUGUGGCCUAUAAAGCGCGGGAUCGUGAUGACCUCAUCGCGGGGAUCGAUGAGUUUCUAGAUGAGGUCAUCGUCCUGCCCCCGGGGGAGUGGGACCCCACCAUCCGCAUCGAGCCCCCCAAGAAGAUCCCCUCCGCCGAAAAGAGGAAGUCGGUGUUCUCUCUGAAUGAGGCUGGUCAGAUGAACGGCUCGGUGGGCGGGGGGGGCGGGCCCAGUGAUGACGAGGAGAUGCCAGCGCCGCACGAGCUGGGAGAGGAGCUGCAGUGGACUGGGAGGUUCUGUGGAGGUCUGUACCUGGAUUUGAAGCGCAAGCUGCACUGGUUCCCCAGCGAUUUCUACGAUGGGAUUCACAUCCAGUCCAUCUCUGCCAUCCUCUUCAUCUACCUGGGCUGCAUCACCAACGCCAUCACCUUCGGGGGGCUGCUGGGGGAUGCCACCGACAACUAUCAGGGUGUGAUGGAGAGUUUCAUUGGCACAGCGAUGGCUGGAUCAGUCUUUUGUUUCUUUGCUGGGCAGCCUCUCAUCAUCCUCAGCAGCACAGGACCCAUCCUGAUCUUUGAGAAGCUGCUCUUUGACUUCAGCAAGGGCAAUGAUAUUGACUACAUGGAGUUCAGGCUGUGGAUUGGUCUGCACUCCUGCCUGCAGUGUCUCAUCCUGGUCGCCACGGACGCCAGCUUCAUCAUCAAGUACAUCACACGCUUCACCGAGGAAGGCUUCUCCACCCUCAUCUCCUUCAUCUUCAUCUACGACGCCAUCAAGAAGAUGAUCGGAGCCUUCAAGUACUACCCCAUCAACUCGGAGUUCAAGCCUGACUACGUGACCGCGUACAAGUGCGAGUGCGUGGCUCCAGACCCAGUGGCUGCAUUGAUCUUCAAUGGUUCAGCUCCAUUUGCUCCAAACGACACUAAUGUUUCUGUGUACAAUCCUGUCAAUGCCACAGCGCUGGACUGGAGCCAGCUCAGUAAGAAGGAGUGUCUGAAGUACGGAGGCAGUCUGGUGGGUAACACCUGUAAGUACGUGCCUGACCUGGCCCUCAUGUCCUUCAUCCUCUUCUUCGGAACCUACUCCAUGACCGUCUCGCUCAAGAAGUUCAAGUUCAGCCGUUACUUCCCCACCAAGCUCCGUAAACUAAUCAGCGACUUCUCAAUCUUCAUGUCCAUAAUGAUGUUUGUGGGUCUUGAUAUGCUUGUGGGACUGAACACCCCCAAGCUCAUAGUGCCGACAGAGUUCAAGCCGACCCGUGCGGACCGUGGCUGGUUUGUCCUUCCCUUUGGGAAGAACCCCUGGUGGGUGUACGUGGCCAGCGCCGUGCCCGCCCUCCUCGUCACCAUCCUCAUCUUCAUGGACCAGCAGAUCUCUGCAGUCAUCGUCAACCGCAAGGAGCACAAGCUCAAGAAGGGCUGUGGCUACCACAUGGACCUGUUCUGGGUGGGGCUGCUGAUGGCGGCCUGCUCCUUCAUGGGGCUCCCCUGGUACGUCGCUGCCACCGUCAUCUCGAUCGCUCACAUCGACAGCCUGAAGAUGGAGACGGAGUCCAGCGCACCCGGAGAGCAGCCCCAGUUUCUGGGGGUCCGGGAGCAGAGGCUAACUGGGAUCGUUGUGUUCAUCCUGACCGGAGUCUCUAUCUUCCUGGCUCCUAUUCUGCAGUACAUCCCCAUGCCAGUGCUGUACGGAGUCUUCCUCUACAUGGGCGUGGCGUCUCUCAAUGGAAUCCAGUUCUGGGAUCGCUGUAAGCUCUACCUCAUGCCUGCCAAGCACCAGCCGGACUACACCUUCCUCCGUCACGUGCCGCUGCGCCGGGUCCACCUCUUCACCGUGGUGCAGAUCGUCUGCCUCGCCGUGCUCUGGGUUCUCAAGUCCACCAUGGCAGCCAUCAUCUUCCCAAUCAUGAUCCUGGGCCUGAUCAUCGUUCGUAAGAUGCUUGACUGGGUCUUCUCUCAGCAUGACCUGGCCUGGCUGGACGAUAUCCUCCCCGAGAAAGACAAGAAGAAGGAGGAGGACAAGAAGAAAAAGAAGAAGAAGAAGCAGGGGAGAGGAGAGGAGGGAGACAGUGAGGACGAGGAGAAGGGCCGCCCGCAGUCUAACUGCUCUCCCAGCGAGUCGGAGCUGGAUCGCAGCAUCACGCUGCACCUGAAGAUCUCCUGCCCGUCAUCCUCUCCCGCUGUCAAUUACUCCCGGAGCUCCAUGUGGGCCGUGCCCCAGGUGAAGAUAGAAAUGGAGUCAGACUACGAAGACACAGACACAGAUAGACAUCCCAGAGACAUGGGCAGUGAGACCACCCUAUAGCAACUAUAGCAACACACCCCCCGAAAAAAUUUAAAAAAACAAGCCUGCUCUUCCUGUGACUCUUCUACCCUCUCCCCCCUCCUCUAAAACAAAAACAGUUUUGUUUUUUUUCAUUUUUAAUUUUGACAAGUUUGCUGCGGGGAAUACACAAGAUUACUGGAGAUAAUAACCUCCAGUAAUCACAGUGAAAACACGGAUUUAAAAAAUAAAUAAAUACUGGAAUAAACAGCAUGUCGAAUUUAUAAGAUGCGUACGUUUUUCUUAAACCGAUGAUCACCUCUGCAGUAGACCAGGUCAGUCAGUGUGUGUGUGUGUGUGUGUGUGUGUGUGUGAGAUUUAAAGGUCACAUUCUGAAAGAUUCACGCCUCUACUACUUAGAAAUUUGUGUUUUCAGAAAAUAGUGUAGUUUAAACUUUGUAUGGGUGUCUAAAUAUCUUCUUGUAGUUUUUGGGGUAGUGUUUUUCUGUUCCGUUCAUGUCCUGGGGCCAGGUUUUUCAAAACUUCUAAUCUGGAUAACAGUGAUCUGGAUUUUGUGAUUGAGAUUAUUUUUUAUCUGGGUCGUUUUUGAUUCGUUUUUUCAGAACACGGCACUGCUGGAUUACAUUUAUCCAGAUUACGAUUACAAACUCCUUUUUUCUAAAACUAAUUUCGAUCACAGGAAAUAGAAUAGAGCUCUUAAAAUCAUGUCUUACCUUUACUAGGUACACCAGAGUGAAUGCCAAAGAGAUACAAUUUGAACAAAAACUACAUAUUGAGAAGGGAAGCUAAAUUCUCCUUCUCCAAAAUCUUUUUGGCUGUUUGUUACUUAACCCAGGCAGCAGCUUCACCUGCAGUAAUGGAAAAACAGUUUCUGUUUUGACGUGCCAACAUUCCUGACUCUUCCUCCUCUCCCCCCUCUUUCUCCUGGUCCCUACAAUAUAUAUGUAGCCUCAUUGCUAAUAGAUUUCUUCAGCUGUGAUUUAAUGGUGGUUCCCAGGUGCCAAUGAGAGGACUUGGGUGCAAGAACAUUUUUUUUUUUUAAAUAAAACUCAGUGCCAAGCAACUACCAGUUUGUGAACACUUGAAUGAUUUACUGUGCAUUCCAGUUUUAUAUAUUCUGUUUGUAAUGUAACUGUUUAUGUUGUAAAUGUGUAGGAAACUUAAAACAGGCAUCUCUGUUCAAUAGUUCACAGUGAAAGCAAUACAAAUCAUGGAAAAAAAGCACUUUGAAAAGUAGUGUUUUAAAUAAGAUUUUCUCAAACCUGAUGAUCGCGUCUCGCUUGCUGUAGUCAAUGUGGUGCUGAGAUCAAGCAUCAGUCAUGCUUUGUUUUAAGUGCUGGCUAAAUGCAUAAAUGGGUUAGAAUCCCACCCCCUACCCUGUCUCCUAAAUACAACAUAGUUAUUCUACCCCCAGUUAUCCUGAAGGACUGUCUCGGCUGAACUGUCUUAAAGAAAACAUUUUCAGCUACUAUAAAAUAAGGAUUAGCCCAACAUUAAGGGCUGCAAAGGCAACCCAAAACCACUCUGUGGCUUGGAACUAGGUCUCCUGGAACCAGGUUUCAAGACGCUGUUCCUGAAAAAGUGGCUUCAUGUUCCCUGAGCUUUACAUCACCUCCAUGAAGAUGCGAGACACGUUUUGCUAAAUUGUGGCUCUAAAAAGGACAAGGGUGUAUAAGAUGGGAAUACUGCCUGCAAGUAAUGGCCCAAAAUGAUAUAUUUCCCUUUGAAAAGUUUAUCAUAUUAAAGCAUGGCAAAGGCUGAUAAAGCAUAGGCAAGCCUAAACCAUGAGGUAUGGUACAGCAUAGUAAAAAACAUUGCAAACCAGGGUAAAUGCAGAGGGGGUAAACUUCUAUAAGGGUUAGUAUGGGCGUUGUUUCACCUUCAAUGGAACUACCAUAGGGUUUAUAUGCAUACAAUGCUAGUUCCAUUGUAGGUGAGACAAACUCCAUAGAUUUAAUUUCUGACCGUCACUUCUAGGCAAAAUUGUCCGGCUUAUAGAAAGUUGUCCUCAACCAAAAAAAAAGGGUUCUCCCUUAAAUGAAAUUCUGUAUGAUCCUGUAUAGCAUACAUAUAUUUAAAACCAAAAAAAAAAAUCUAAGUUAAAGAAAUCUUAAAACUAUACAGAAAGCUUCAAAAGGCACUUCUAGAUCUGAAAUGUAAAACUGUAAGUCAAGCAGACACAAGUCUACUCUAGAGCCGCCUUCAGUGUACACUGCUGUAGACGCUGGUCAAAACGUUUAGUCUACGAUCGCCAUGAUUUGUCCACUGCAGUGGAAGGUUGUGGGUUUGAUUUGAUAGAUGUGAAGUCUGAGCUGCGCAAUGCUUUAGGGGCGUCACCUGCAUCUCUGUAUUCUAUUAUUUUUUUACUACAACAGAACACACGUGGUGCAUUCCACGUUCUCUGUAACUUGUGUACCUGGUGGAUUUCUUUCUUUUAUAGAAUUGUAAAGUGUGAUUGAAAAUGUUUAGUUGCAGCCUGUGUUGAAAUUGAAACGAUAAUGUUCUGUAUCGAUGUGUAAACUGUGAUUCCCCCGUUUCAUUUGUAUAUUUCACGUCGGCUGUAAAGUUUAAAUGAACAGUGUUUGCCAAUAAACUUACGCUGGACAAA